CACCCGGACAGUCGGACACCUCCGGACACCCGGACACCCGGACACCUCCGGACACCCGGACACCCGGACACUCGGACACUCGGACACUCCAACCCCUCCGGACACUCGCAAGAUGGCGCCCCCCGUGCCCGCGCUCACCCCCGAGCAGAAGAAGGAGCUGGCGGACAUCGCCCAGCGCAUCGUGGCCCCCGGCAAGGGCAUCCUGGCUGCUGACGAGUCCACUGGCAGCAUCGCCAAGCGCCUGAGCUCGGUGGGCGCCGAGAACACGGAGGAGAACCGGCGCUGGUACCGGCAGCUGCUCUUCACGGCCGACAAGCGCGUGGAGCCGUGCAUCGGCGGCGUCAUCCUCUUCCACGAGACCAUGUACCAGAAGGCCGACGACGGGCGCCCCUUCCCGCAGGUCAUCCGCGACAAGGGCGCCCUGGUGGGCAUCAAGGUGGACAAGGGCGUGGUGCCCCUGGCUGGCACCAACGGCGAGACCACGACCCAGGGGCUGGACGGGCUGAUGGAGCCUCCUCAGUGCCCUGUCCCUGAGUGUCCCCAGGCUGGUGUCACCUCAGUGUCACCUCAAUGUCCCCAAUGUCCCCUCGAUGUCCCCUCAGGGAUCACGUUCCUGUCGGGUGGCCAGAGCGAGGAGGAGGCCUCUCUGAACCUCAACGCCAUCAACCGCUGCCCGCUGGCCCGGCCCUGGGCCCUGACCUUCUCCUACGGCCGCGCCCUGCAGGCCUCGGCCCUCAAGGCCUGGGCGGGCAAGAAGGACAACACCAAGGUGGCCCAGGAGGAGUACGUCAAGAGGGCCCUGGCCAACUCGCUGGCGUGCCAGGGCAAGUACACCCCGAGUGGCACCGCGGGGGCGGCGGCCAGCGAGUCCCUGUUCGUGUCCAACCACGCCUACUGAGCACCGCUGGCCACCAGCUGCUGGCCACCAACCAUCCCCUGACAUCUGCUGGCCACCACCGACCAUCCGCUGACCACCCCUGGAACCCAACUGCCAACCACUGCUGGUCACCACCGACCAGCUGAUGGCCACCACCAACCACCACUGGCCACCACCGACCAUCUGCUGACCAUCUGCUGACCACUGCUGGCCACCAACCAUCCCCUGACAUCUGCUGGCCACCACCGACCAUCCGCUGACCACCCCUGGAACCC